UGGAGAUACGAGCAGUGCAGAGGGGCGAGUGCUGUGGGAAAGGGAAAGAGGGAGUGUGCUCUCCGGCUCCUUCUGCCUAGUCUUGGCUAUUUUCUGAAUGUCACUCACUUCACUAUCAAAGUAAGGGCUUGUUCGUGAUGGUGCUCUGUAUGGACAAGAAGCAGUGCCUUGACAGAGGGCAACGUGGGUAAAAGAGACAUGCGACACCCAGCCCUGCACCACGGCCACCUCUUCCUGGGCGGGGCCUUGUUGCUUCUCCUGGCCAGCCCGGCUCUGAGCUGCCCCGCCCGAUGUGAGUGCUCUGCCCAAAGCAAGUCGGUCAGUUGCCACCGCAAGCGCCUGUCCACCAUCCCUGAAGGCAUCCCCAUUGAGACACGCGUCCUGGACCUCAGUAAGAACAAGCUCCGCAUCAUCACGCCAGACAACUUCUCUUCAUUCCAGCAGCUGGAGGACCUGGACAUUAGCGACAACCUCAUCAGUGUGGUCGAGCCUGGCUCAUUUCGUUCCCAGCUUGCUCUCCGCUCGCUCAACUUUCGCAGUAACUUGCUUCAGCUGGUUCCUGCUGGCGUGCUGUCAGGACUGACCAACCUCACCCGCCUUGACCUCAGCCACAACAGACUGGUGGUUCUCCUGGAUCAUGCCUUCCAAGAUCUACGCAGGUUGACGUCCCUAGAGGUGGGUGACAACGAACUGGUUUUCAUCUCUCAGCGGGCCUUUACAGGAUUACUCGGGCUCCAAAGUCUGACCCUGGAACGUUCCAAUCUGACUGUGGUCCCUACUGAUGCUCUGGGACAUCUGCACAGCCUGGUUGAACUGCGUUUGCGCUACUUGAGCAUCAGCUUUCUAAAGCCUUUCUCCUUUAAGAGGUUAACGCGUCUCCGCCGACUAGAGAUUGAUUACUGGCCCUGGCUGGACACAUUGCCUCCCCUCUCCCUGCACGGCCUGAACCUCACAACGUUGUUCAUAACCAACACUAACCUGUCUGCCUUCCCCGGCGCAGCACUGCGCAACCUUCCCUACCUCACACAUCUCAACUUGUCCUACUGCCGCAUCCAGCACAUCCAUCAGGGAGAGCUGGGCCAACUCCCACACCUGCUGGAGCUUCGUCUCCAAGGGGCACAUCUGAUUUCUAUUGAGGCCUUUGCAUUUGCGGGCCUCAAAUCAUUGCAACUACUGGAUGUGUCACAGAAUCGCCUGGACUCUCUGGAGAGGGGAGUGUUUUCUUCACCAGACAGCCUCCAGAGGCUCUGUCUGGGUGGAAAUCCAUUAGUGUGCGACUGCAGAUUGCUUUGGCUGCUCAACAGUCACAAGCCCCCCUCUCUGCAGAUUCUGGAUGUCCAGCCUGAGUGCAGCGCCCCUGAGCGGCUCCUGGGGAAAACUCUCCGUGACCUCACGGAGCCCCUGGCAUCCAGGUACAUGACCUGCACCAAACCAAGGAUUGGACCAAACACAACCCAGCUGCUGAUGGCUGAUGAAGGUCAGCCGGCCCGCCUGAGCUGCAUGGCAGAGGGAGCACCUCGGCCCUCAGUGGUCUGGAUUACACCUCACAGACGCUACAUCACAGCCAGGAGCAGUGGUAGGGUGGAACUCCAACCAGAUGGUACACUGGAGAUCAAGGCAGCGGAACUGCACGACAGCGGGGUGUACUUGUGUAUUGCUAGUAAUCCUGCUGGCAACGCUAGCCUGUCGGCCUCUUUAGCUGUGAAGAGCCUGGGCAUUGGGGACAGAUCUCACUAUAGCAACAGGAGCUCAAACUAUCUGACAGACUCCAACAGCACAUGGGGGAAUGGGACUGUACUGUACAACAUGACCGUCCCUAUAGACAUUAAGACUAUCAUUAUAUCUACAGCCAUGGGCUGCCUGUCCUUCCUAGGUGUGGUCAUCUUCUGCUUCCUGCUUCUAUUUGCCUGGAGCCGAGGCAAAGGACGCCAUAAGAGCAACUUUGAUAUUGAGUACGUUCCACGCAAAUCCAACGGGGCAGCAGCAGAGGUGACUGAAACAAGUGGCCCACGACGGGUAAACAUGAAAAUGAUUUGAAACCGAUGCAGACGGACUUUGUCAAAACAACAAACCGUCCACAUAUCAGCUGAAAAAAGUUUUUUCCUAUGACACAGUGGAUUUGUGACAAACAAAAGUGAUGUACUAAUAUAGUGGGUGUCGAUAUGACGGUGAUCUAGUGAUAAAGUGGGCAUGUGAAUAUAAAAGUGAUAUAUGAAACUGUGGACGUGUUUAUAUGAAAUAAUGUUCUCAUACAGUACAUUGAAUAUAAUACUAUAACCAACAUAUCAA